AUGGCACCCGCAGCAGCUGGUGCGAAGAAGCAGAAGAAGAAGUGGUCCAAGGGAAAGGUGAAGGACAAGGCGCAACACGCCGUCCUCCUUGACAAGGCCACUUCCGACAAGCUCUACAAGGAUGUCCAGUCCUACCGCCUCGUAACGGUCGCCACGCUCGUCGACAGACUCAAGAUCAACGGCUCGCUCGCACGCCAGUGCCUCAAGGACCUCGAGGAGAAAGGACAGAUCAAGCAAGUUAUCGGGCACAGCAAGAUGAAGAUCUACACUCGUGCCAUUGCCCAAGCCGACUAA